AUGGCUUAUGGUAGCCCUCAAGAGGUCGACACAGUCAUCGUGGGAAAUGGCCCCUCCGCAUUGAUCUUGUCCUACAUUCUUCACGGCAAUAUCCCUUGGUACGAUCAAGCCGUUCCUCACCCCGACCAUCUUUUGCACGAAAAACUCGUCGGUCUGGACCAUGACUUGCUCAACGUCGACAUCGAUGCCUUGACCGACCACUUUAGCGCCUCGAGGUUCUCAUACUCGACGCAAGCGUUACCCGUCAAUGUCUUGCUGGAUACCGUCAUUAGACCGUUGGGGGAGACGGAAGAUGCGCAAAAGACAACGUGUGUGAAGUGGGUGCGUGACUGCUCGAGGACCAUACCCCAUCUGGCGUUUGGGAACAAUACUCGUGCGGGAGGUCAGUGGGAAGACAAUCCAGUGGAUGCUAGCUGGGAAAUUGGCACCUUGAGCUACGCCGGCAUGAUUUCCCUGCCAGGCUAUGCCUUUGACCAGCACUACCUGAGACGAAACGGACGUCCAAUGCCUGUUUAUCUGCGACCUUCAAGAAGUGCUGUCGCGGACUAUCUUGCGUCUUAUCCAGAUCAGGUAGGUAUCUCCGCCUCAAUCCGCAAUGGAGAAUCAGUCUCUCAGGUUACUCGGGUUGGAGACAUGUUCCAUAUCGGCUCACACAAAAUUCUGUGCAAACGGUUGGUCCUAGCUUCUGGCGUUUUCAGUGAAUUGAUCUCGCCUCCAUCGUUGCUUCAACCUGUCGCGAGGCUACCAGGUGCAGGGGUAGGAGGAUCCAUCCGUCCUAUCCUGGUCAUCGGAUCCGGUUUCAGUGCUGCAGAUGUCAUUAUAUCCAGCGCUGCGUGCCAGAAGAUUAUCCACAUCUUCAAAUGGGCACCUUCGACUUCACCAUCACCGCUACGGGCAUGCCAUCAGCAAGCAUAUCCAGAAUAUGCAGGUGUCUAUCGGAGGAUGAAGGCCGCUGCUCUGUCCCAUUCCCCAAGGGGCGACAAACGGCCCAAGCCACGCCAUACUCACUCCGAAUUCGAUCAAAGUCGUGACUGGAGCACUACGUACGAGGGCUUGCCGAAUGCCCGAAUUACGCAGGUGGAACCAGAUCAGGACGGAAAGUCGGCCACUGUCACCUUUCAAAUUGGCUCAGCGCAACCGUUUGACCGACAAGUCGGCGGCCUCGCCUACGUUGUGGGACGAAGAGGCUCAUUAAAAUACCUCAGCCCGAGCCUGGUGAGAGAAGUACUCCCUUGCCAGCCGACAACGUCUGAGCUGAAGACAAGCACGAUUUCCGCGCACUCGUUGCGGGAGAAGGCAAAUGAAGAUCUUGAAGUGGCGCCCAACGUCUUCACCACUGGGAGCUUGACGGGUGACUCUUUGAUCCGGUUCGCUUUUGGCGGUUGCACAUAUGCUGCGGGGAAAAUCAUGGCUCGUGCGAAGAAACAGCCGCAGAGCUCGAUGGGAUAUGAACAUAACGAGUCUUUCAAAGAAGUAAACGGGUUUGCGGCAUGCUUAAAGGAGAGGACAAGCCGUCCUCAAACACCUUCGCCCCAAAUACCGGCGAUGAGUGGACUAGAUGGGCAUGAAUCGAGCCCUCUGAGUCUAGUGGAGAAGUGGAAUCCACUGGACAGACGGAAGGAUAUCUGA